AUCAAAUGUAGAAACAAUCGGAGAUUUAACUUGCUGAUUUCUAAUUGGGGAGACUAAAAAAUUAUUCGAACCAAAAUAUGAUUUUCCAAUGACGCAUCAUCUGGAGUAAGUACAAGUUACCUUCCCUAGUUCAAAAAGGUUUUUUUUUUCUAGGUCAAAUGUUGUAUCUUUGAACUAAAGAGCAUAUUGUUUUGGCAUUAUGAAGUAAAGUUGAACUGAACUGAAGAAUGCGUCAACUGUCCAAAGAAUAAUGUCAAUGGGUCAAAGGUCAAGGUCAAAUGUAUCUCGUAACUAAAAAAACCUUUUUUAUUGUUUUGUCAUUAUUAAGCAAAGUAAGUUGGAAGUUAACAAAGAGACAACUGACCAAAGGUGAACUGCACGGGGUCAAGGUCAAAUUUUGUAUCCUUUUCACUGUGGGAAAUUUUGUUAUGACAUUAUAAAUCAAAGUUGGGCAGAAUUAAACAGCGAGUCAGCUGUUGAAAGCUCAAGGUCAGUUUUGUUAUAUCACCUAUGAACAUUUUGUUAUGACUUUAUGAAGCAAGAUUUGUCAAGGUCACUGAAGAAAAGUUGGUUUGGAUUAAAACGACGUAAACUUAACAAAGAUUAAGGUCAAUGGGUCAAAUUUCAAGGCCAUAUUGGUCUAAAGGUCAAGGACAAAUAUGCUCUUUUUUAACGACCUUUGAUUAGAUAAAACAAAUAUUACCUUGCAAAUGAGUAUUAUACCGGAAUAUGGAGAUGGUGGGAAACAAGAGUCACGUCACUUUGCAUGGAAAAUGUAUAUAUUGCUUUCUACUUGUAAGGGCAAAUGUCAACCUGAAUCUCAGCGAUAUUGUCAGAUAGUUUCUUGAUGAUUAUAGGGGAAAUUUAGCCGUAAUUUGAACCAGAACGCAAGAUUUAGUUAAAGCAAAAAAGUUGACUAAAAUGCAUGGUACUGAGAGGCAGAUCGAAAAAUAAGGGGAAAGUAUUGUAAUACAACUGAAAGUACUGCUUUACCAUAAUUACUGAAAUUUCCUGGUCUUCGAUACAGGUCCCAUGGGUCUCUUGUUUUAUUACUUUCGUGAUGUGAUAUAUUACACCAUAAUACAUAUAAACAAAAUCGCUCUAUGUUACGAAAAACGUAUACACAAACAAUAUAGGAAUACAAAUUCUGGAAUUUCAUCAUCGUAUAACAUUCUGAUGCGCAAUAUAACACACAGUGAAAGCAUCGCCCUGAUCACACGGCAUACACAUACUGACAUGACAGGCACAUCACCGCGUUGGCCGCACAUCUUGUCCGCUGUUUCCACGCAAAAAUCUACAACCUUUGGACCCUUUACAUCAUGGAAGUGGAUGAUAUGUGUGGGUCUUCAGAAGAAGAACCGAUCGAGACAAAACAAAAUGACAACAGAUCUUGUCUGAGAAGGAACCUUUUGUUGGUGCUAGCAGCAGUGGGCGUUGCUGUCGGGUUCUGUCUUGGAUUCGGACUCAGGUCUGCAGACCUGUCCACGGACGCUAUCAUGUGGUUAGCACUGCCAGGCAAAAUGUUCAUGAGGAUGUUGAUGCUUACAAUAAUUCCACUGAUCGCCAGCAGUAUAAUUAUAGGGACUGCUAACGCGGACCGGAAGUCUAGCGGACGAGUCGGCGCACUGGCGUUAGGAUUCCUGGUAUUGUCUAAUGUCCUUGGUGCUAUACUUGGAAUAAUUGUUUACUUCAUCUUCACACCAGGUAACGAUAUGAUGUAUAUUUCCACAAAUAAUCAAGUAGCUGUCAAUUCAAGACAUCUCCAGACACAGGAUAUGAUUGCCGACUUCAUACGUAAUGUAGUACCAGACAACAUAGUCAGCGCCUGCUUUCAAAAGACACAGACUCGGUACAUUGCGGAUCCGGUGUUGACGAAUAGCACUAACGCCACAAUACUUAGCAAUACGAGAGAGGUGGGCGUUGUAAACGGGAUCAACUUUUUAGGUGUGAUCCUGAUCUCAGCUGUGGUGGGGUUGGCCGCCAGUACUGUGGAGGAAGCUAAUACCAGCUUUAUCCCCUUCUUCAGGGCCACGUCUGAUAUCUUCAUCAAGAUCAUGCAAUGGUUUAUAUGGUCGACCCCGGUGGGAGUAGCCAGUCUGAUAUGUGUAUCCAUUGUACAGGUGGAGAGUAUUGAGGACACAUUUCGGAGUCUCGGCAUGUUCAUCCUCUACUAUACGAUCGGUAUACUGGUACAACACUUCGUCCUUAUCCCUGUCGUCUACUUCGUCAUCAUCCGCAAAAAUCCAUUCAAGUUCUUACUCACUGCCAUCAGGCCGUGGAUGGCGACCUUUGGAACUGCAAGUUCUGCACUUGCUAUGCCAGAGAUGAUAAAUACCUGUGAAAACAUGAAUAAGUCUGAUGUCAAGGUAUGUCGGUUCGUCUUACCGUUAGGUGUGGCCAUGUGUCGGCCAGGCAGUGUCUAUUUCAUCGUUAUGUCGAGCCUCUUCAUCACCAACCUGACGGGAGUGGAAUAUUCUGCGGCAGACGUCUUAAUGAUUGGCUUGCUGACAACCGUAAGCUCUCUCUCUAUCCCAUCCGUUCCAAGUGCUGCUAUUGUGAUUAUCAUCAUUGUUCUGGAAUCGAUCAACGUGGACACCACAGCUGUUGGACUUCUUCUGGCUCUGGAGUGGUAUACAGACCGGAUCCGUGGUGCUAGUAACGCCCUUCAUGUGGUCACGUGUGUAAUGGUGGUGAACAAAUUUUGUACUUCCGGGUCGAAUAACAAGAAACGUGAAAGAAAUGUUUUACUUGUAUAGAAAUGAUAUAUAUGCAUAUGUAACAAAUUCGAAUUAUUCCUAUUUCCGUUAAUCUCAUAAUGCUUUAUACGACGACUGCAUGGCGUCACAAACUAUCAUUGUAUGUUUUAUAACGGUAGGUUACAAAAUAA